AACCGACAUGCUGGUGGACAGUAAGAUCCUCAACUUUUGCGUCGAGCUCUUGCGGAACGACUCUUUAGACGACGCUACGAAGCGCAAAAGUCUCUAUCAUGCACUCUUGAGCUUCCUUCAAGCAAUCGGCAUGCACGUCAUGGCAAAUCGGACACUGUUUAGUGAACGCUCGGUACAGCCUGAUGCGGUCAAUCUCCUGACGUUAUCUUUUCGUGGGAGUAGAACCAGAUCAAAGGAGACCGCUUCGUCUGUCGCGGACAGCCUCCGUAACUUAAACACCCAAAGUGUUCUAGUCCUCCAGAGCGCCAAGACCAACGAGAAAGACUUUCACUCGGUAGAUGGACAAGAUAUGCUCUUGCUUUGCCGGGAAAUAUCAGAACUCUCGCAGUAUAUUCUUGCGUACACUGAGGCGGGGUCUAAUCAAAACGUCAAGGCCACAAUGGUGGACCUCGCUAUCAAUGACGUACCCGAUGAACAGAUACUGACAACUCAUGCGUACGCUUCAAAAGCAACGUCCUUGAAAUUCUCACCACCCGGCCGUUUCAAGCGCUUAAUCACGGAGAUUACAACUUUGAAGACAGGGCUACCUCCAGGCAUCUUCGUCCGAUAUUGUGAGAACCGGCCAGAUGUUAUGAAGGUAGCAAUCAUCGGUCCUGGUGGAACUCCGUACGAGAACGGUAUCUUCGAGUUCGAUUUCUUCUGCGAUUCAAGUUUCCCCAACAAACCGCCGAUGGUACAAUUUCGGGGAACCGGGGGAGGACGAAUCUCCAUAAAUCCAAACCUGUAUGCAGAUGGCAAGGUCUGUUUAUCUCUGCUCGGAACUUGGGCAGGAGAGCCUUGGACACGGGGCGAGUCAACACUUCUUCAAGUCGUUAUCUCGCUCCAAGCGAUGAUUUUCUGUGACGAGCCAUGGUACAAUGAGCCAGGUAGAGAAGCCGCAUAUCACCGCGGCUCGGGGCAAGAUCCAGCAGCCGCCUAUAACCAAACGAUCCGUGAGCACACAGUACGUCACGCAAUGUUGACCUGGCUUGAUCGACCUCCACAGUUGUGGCACGCUGUGGUUGAGUCUCACUUCAAGCAAAACGCCAAUAAUAUCUUGAAGACCGUGGAAGAAUGGGCCAAGAAGAAGGUUCCAAAUCAUCUCAGUCAUUAUGAUUAUGUCGGUUUCGAGAUGGAAGACUUUAUGCCGCCGAUGGGUAGCCGUACAUCGGCAGUGGGUAAAGCCGACCUUGAAUCGAUGCUCCCGCGACUACAGAUUGCAUUGCAGAACCAUGGCGCGACUUAUGUCAUUCAGCAGACUCUACAACCCACUGCACGGCAACCUUCGAAUGUACGUGUUUCAAUGCCACAACCCACGAUAUCGUACCCUAUGCCACCAAACCCCAUGUUGCCGCUACCACUAGGACCACCACCGCCCUAUAGUGUAACGCAGACAAAGUUCCCAGGUUUGAACCUACAAAACCAAGGUCGUGGACCAGGUCGUGCGCUUGGUAGUGGAGGUGGGCAAUCUAGUAAGAGUGCAACAAAUGCAGCUCCAAGCAGUCAUGGCGGAUCCAUUUUCAGUGGCUCUUUCGACGGUUACGGUAGGUACGAGACGAGGUCAGCUACUCGUAGCCGCAGUGGACCUGCUGCGCAAACGGGAGAUGCAAGCGAUCCUGUUGGUAACGCGCCGCCGAGCCCAUUCCCAGGAGACUCUAGAGGACGCGGAGGAUCCGCAAUAAAGAUAAAUAGAGGAGGUCGUGGUAUGCUUCGUGGUGUUGGGCGCGAUGAUCCUCGAGGUCCAUAGUCUAAGCUAUUUAUAGUCCUUAGGAAGGUGAGGUAAAUGAAUUGAAGCUGCGGUCCUAGGCUGAAACAAAGAUAGUCUGGAGGACUGCUUAGCUAAGGCAUAUCAAACCAGUGUGUGGGCGCACUAUUUAGAUGUACCUGAAAAAUAAAAUUUAAUGCUACGCA